AUGGUCCAGCUGGGAACUUCUCCCGACUUUCAGCUCCAUAGGAGUCGACCAUCAUUCAGUAUUAGCAGAGUUCUCGGAGAAGACUUUCCGAAUUCCUCUCCGGUAUACAGUGGUAGAUACCCGGACAGUGCCGAAAGCCCAGAAUCAGUGACUUCCUGUUUGUCAGUUGAGGAAGAACACACUAACGUAGACGUCGAGGCGUACGACUCGGAUUUAGAAAAUUCAGACUUUUGUGAAAAAGAAUCAAGUGCAAGACUGACUCCGACUCUGGACAACAAACACAACUGUAGUGAUGACAAUAUAGAAAAUCGGGAACCGGCCACAAAAAGUUCGGACUCAAAGCCUGAUGGAAACAACAACAAGGCACUGAACAACGAUGCCAAGAAAUCAGAAAAACCACCAUUUAGUUACAACGCCUUAAUCAUGAUGGCUAUCCGAAGCAGCCCGGAGAAGAGACUUACGCUGAACGGAAUAUAUGAAUUUAUUAUGAAGAACUUCCCGUACUAUAAAGACAAUAAACAAGGAUGGCAAAAUUCUAUCCGACACAAUUUAAGUCUAAACAAGUGUUUUGUCAAAGUUCCUCGUCAUUAUGACGACCCCGGAAAAGGCAAUUAUUGGAUGCUGGAUCCUUCAUGUGAUGACGUAUUUAUUGGAGGAACCACAGGAAAACUGCGUCGGAGAUCCACUUCAGCUUCCAGGACUCGUCUGGCAGCUCUGAAAAGGGCCGGCUUUCCAGGUAUCCAACCUCAUGUUUAUCCAUUUGCCUGUUCAGCAGGUAAGCCAGGCUCGUACAUGUGGCCCUUCUCAUCCCUGUAUCCGUUCGGAGGGAGCACCGCAGGGUCACCUGCUUUGCGGUAUGGUGGGUUCCAGUUCUACCCCUACACAGGGUUGUUACCAGCGUCAUCUUCCGUACCAGGGACUACAACGGGACGGACAACAAAUUUCUCUGUCGACAGAUUAUUGGGACUUGAUAUGGGAGUCUCAUCUAACAUGUCCACUGGUUCAUCGUCACUGAAGACGAGUAGCCAGGCUUUCCAGUGGUACCCGACCCAUUCACCGCUAUCCCUACCCCACACAGACCAGGAACACUCAAACACAAGGGGAUUGGACCUUAGUCUUUUCAAAGGGGUUCAUGGAUUACCUGUAUCUCCGGGAUCGGCGUUUUCCUCCCCUCCAGGAACAUUGCACCAAUCAUCAAAUGGACUUGUACGAAACAUGUUCUCAAAUACAUCAGUACAUUCUCAAAGACAGCCUUACGACGUUGGAAGGACGUCAUAG